AAGCAGAACAGGUAGAUUUCUUUCUGAGAAUCACAUUCAUGAUCACAUUCUUACAGUAUUAUUAUGUUGAUCUGAUGACUAAUUUUUUUGGUAUUGAAGAAAUCAUGAAGGAAGUCAGCAGAAGGGAGAAGCAAGCUGGAAUUAUCCCAGAACUAGACAUAGCCACUUACAUGAAGGUAAACAAUAAUCUGCUUGAACCAAUUCAGCACAAUUCCAUUUCCUAUCAUGUUCCACAAAAUUAUGGCAGCUUGGUCCAUUCUCUUCCUGACUAUUUGCAAUGGUAAAUUACACCAACAGGCAAUUUCCAUAGAAGGAUUAAAAAGAACUCUUCAGACAGGCUACAUUUUAAAGGUAACUUUCCUCAACAAAGUUAAAAAAAAAAAAAUUCAAGAACCACUUUCCAACUUUUGUUUAGUCAGAGGCUAUUAUUCUACCACCACUUUUAUGGCUAUUCAGAUCCUUGGGGCUGGACAUUUGCGCGGAUACAAUUGUGGGAGAUGCUACGAGAAGAGGGAUAUCAGGUGGUCAAAAGAAAAGGCUAACAACAGGGGAAAUGAUAAUUGGUCCAGCAAAAGUUCUCCUCGUGGAUGAAAUUUCAACUGGCUUAGAUAGUUCAACCACAUUCCAGAUUGUUUCUUGUCUUCAGCAGUGGACACGCAUUUCAGGAUCCACCAUUUUGGUAUCACUUCUUCAGCUAGCACCUGAGACAUUUGACCUCUUUGAUGACAUCAUCUUGAUGGCUGAAGGAAAGAUUGUAUACCAUGGGCCUCGGAAUAAUGUUUUGGAAUUCGUUGAGCAUUGUGGUUUCAAGUGCCCACCAAGGAAAGGCAUCACAGAGUUCCUCCAAGAAGUAUGUUUCCUGUUCAACUCAUUCAAUAACAUGUCCAAAUUAGUUACUUUUCACCCAAAGGAUUCUAUAUACAUGCAGGUAGUUUCCAAAAAGGAUCAACCACAGUACUGGCACUAUAAAGACCAACCUUACAAUUAUGUCCUUAUAGCAGAGUUUGGAAACAAAUUCAGAAAGUUUCAUGUGGGGCAGAAGCUAGAUGAAGAACUUUCCCGACCUUUCAGUAAAUAUGAGUUCAACAAAAAUGCGUUGUCGUUUAACAUUUACUCUCUCGGAAAAUGGGAAGUAUUCAAAGCAUGCAUUGGUAGAGAAUGGCUUCUUAUGAAGUGCAACUCAUUCGUUCACAUAUUCAAAUCCGCACAG